ACCACAGAAAGUUUGUAGAUCAGGCGAGCAGUAGGAUACCGAUGGAUCGGAAGUGACGGGGCUGCAUGAAUUUCAGGAGGAGGCGGAGGAAAAAAAAAAAGAAAAAGAAAAGAGGAAUAUCAACACAAAGCAGAAUGAAAAGCAACGUGGGAUCCUCGGCUGAAGAGUAGAGGCGCAGGAUCUUCACAACAACACCGACGCAGAGAGACUUUCAAUGGAAGUAGGUAGCCGGGAGUGAGACGCAGAGAUUUGAGUGAGUGAAGCCGCUGCUGUCCGUGUGAUAUCCAUGACUGUGUUUGCGGCUCCUGGAAACUCUUGGCACACACAGUGACCUAUAAACUACAGACUCCCCUUUGAAUAUGAACGAAAAGACUUAACGAGAAGUCCCAGGAGCCUGCACUUUGGAGGGAGGGGAUAUGAACGCAGACCUCUGGAUUUCGACUCGAUCAUUUAGUGUGUCUGGUCCAGUGUUGCGUCGUAGUCGGGUAUGUGUGCGAGUCGCGCCUGUGCGGCUCCGGUUCUGACGCGUCUGUGCGCCCUGGUGCUGCUGCUGGUGCUGCUGCUGGGGGCCGGGGGACUCGGGUCCGAGCUGCGGGUCCGGGUCCGGCUCUCCGACGGACUGGUGACCGAGGAGGUCCUGGAGGCGGACGGCGAGAGGGACUCGAUAUCUCUGGAGUUCAAGCAGGGAGACGGGACGCUCAUCACGUUCGUGGCGGACUUCAAGCAGGAUGUGAAGAUAUUCCGAGCGCUGAUCCUCGGCGAGCUGGAAAGAGGGCAGAACCAGUACCAGGCCCUGUGUUUCGUCUCUCGCCUCAACCGCAAUGAGAUCAUCCCCAGCGAGUCCAUGGCUCGUCUCAGACAGAAAAAUCCUCAUGCCAUUCGGUUGGCGGAGGAGCGGCGAGGACUGGAGCAGCUGACGAUGAGCGCAGCUGUCAAUCUCAGUCGUGCGUGGCAGCUCAGCUCGCACAUCCACAACAUGUGUAGUGAAGCUCACGAAGCCAUUUACACCAGGGAGGCAGAUGUCAAACACUGGCUGGACAAAGGAGUGGACGGCUCUAUAUUUGAAGUCCUCCCCCAGACAGCAGAAGAGCCCAGCUUUCAGGCCUGUCAUUCGACGAAAGACAUGUGGCAGCCAUGUCUCUGCACGUUCAGCCUGCGUCUGGAGUGGUAUCCGUGUCUGCUGAAGUACUGCCGCAGUCGGGACACAACGGGCAAAGGCUCCACCUACAAGUGUGGCAUAAAGAGCUGUAGCAAGGGCUACCAUUUCACUUACUACGUUCCCCAAAAACAGCUCUGCCUAUGGGAUGAGGAAACCUAGCAUUUUUACUCUGGAUGAUUAGCAAAAGAGAAAUGCUUUCUUCUUUUCUUUUUCUUCUCCCCCCUCCUCAAGCCAAGUCGCUGCUCCUCAACCCACGUUCAAAGAAAACAGUAACACUGGACCUUGGUUUGUUUGUUUGGCGAGUGGAGCUGUUUCAGGUGGGGAGAGCCGACAUCCAGAUGUCCAUGCUGGAACAGAAAUAUAUUUAACUUCCAAGAGGGACCAAAACCUUUUUAAAGACACAUAGAUACAGCAGAACAGCUAACUCUUGACAGUUUUCUGGGAAAAAGAAUAAAGAAAUGACACAUUACUGUUGGCUUCACUGUGACUUUGCCAAAAGGUUGUCACUUUUGUGCCUUUUUUUUGGGAGAGGAUUUAUUGGAGCAAAUGACGCAUAACAACGGCAAUGACCUCUAGAACAAGCUACAGCAUGCACAGGCCCGGCAGUGCAUUUCUGGUCAGUUACACACCAGCAGAAGAAAAACAAUGCCUCACUCUUUCACAGAGGAGUUGAACAAACCACGAUCUCCUGUCCUUGUGAAGGGUUAAAAGUGGUGGAUUUAUCUUCCUUGUAAAACUCUGCGAGAAACUUUACCAUCUAAAUGCUCGUUCAUAACAAAAUAAGCUGGCUGACAAAGAAAACGCCUCUCCAGACUUUAUUUAUUUCAGUUGCAAAGUAAAACUAUGGAGGACUAUUUUUAUAUCUUUUGACAUAACCUCAUCUAUUUUUUUUUUUUUCUCCCUGGGCCACGUCUCUAAACCACAGGUCCAUAGCAACAAGAAAUCUUCAAAGUUGUUUAACAAUAUUUUAACUAUUAAGAUUUUUGUUUGUUCUCAUGCACGUUUUCUGGGUUUCCCAGACGUCACUGUUGUUGAGUUCCCAUAAAGGACACAUAAUGUCCACAACUCUCUUUCUUCAUCUGAUUUUAAAAAGUGCCAAAUAAACCAAAGUCAAUAUAAAUGCUUAAAGCUUCAGUUUCCAGGAUCAAGUUCCACAGUGUGGCGUUUUUUUCAUGCCUUGUAGCUAUUUCAGUAAUUUAUACUGCCAUCUACUGGUUAAAAGGUGUUAGUUUCUUCUGAUUCCAUUUGUCAACUUUAAAUGUUUAUAAUUUAUACAUCUCGCCUCAUCAUUACAUGUGUAAUUCAUUGAGCACUAAUCGGACCAAAUUAGGUUUUUGGACUGUUUUACCUCCAUCUUCAUUUUGGCCUUUACUGCAAUAUAAACAUUUUUUUUUUUCUUUUGUGUUUGGUAUGCCCUGCUUACUAAAGAACCAAAUGAGUGAUAUAUUUCUGUUUGUGGCCUUUUGUGUUGAUCAAGUGCCUUAACAUUUCCAGACAUUUUGCUAUGUAAUUGAUUUAGUAAGCUGUUAAACAUAUUUUUCUAUUAAAGAUUUGUGAAUAUGUUGUAAAAAAAAGUUGCCUUAGGGAGAAGAUGAAGCAAUUCAGGUUAUGUACCUUCCUAGAGCUGUUUUACAUGGAUUGUUUCAAUAAAGUAUUUUGUUUUUGUUGUGGCUA